GACAGGGUCACGGUAACAUCUCUCUCUCUCUCCAUUUCUUCUUCUUCUUCUUCUUCUCUCUAGUCCUUUAUUGCAAACGAGAAGAAAAACACCCACCGAGACCCACACUACCACCAGUCAUCACGUUUUUCCCCGUGAAAAAAGAAAAAAGAAAAAAGAAAAAACAAACUUUGAUUGGAAAUUUGAAAAGAAAAGAAACAAAACUGUCAGCUAGAAAACAAAAAAGUUCGCCGGUUUGUGUGUGCCGUUCGUUUUGUUUUCGAGAGCCAAAAGAGCCGAGAACGACAAAAUGCCUCGUUGCUUCAUGCCGAAGAAACAUCUCAAGAACCGGCCGGGAAUGACGGAACGGUCCAACGGCGGCCGUCGCUCUCCCAGUCCGUGCGUCGAUCUUCCGCCUCCUCCGCCGCCACCGCCGCUCCUGUCGCCUCCUCCUCCGCCGCCACCAGCGUCGCACGAGACCAACGGAGACGACGCCGACCCGGAGACCAACGCCAGCAACGCCGUUUCGGCUAAAUCGGGAUCCAAUGUUUACCGACCGCCGACGCCCGUCAAUCACGCCGGUUUCGCCAUGGAAGUCGGAUCGGUCCGCAUCACGGCAUUGACUGCAGCUAAAGGUGAAACGAUGCCGGCCAGGGAGAGCGUGAUCCAUCGGGCGGUGCGCUUUGAUAGCGACGUCGAGGAGGCGACGACGGGGCUGUUGCAACUGGCCCGGCGCACGGACACACCCGAGUCCGGCAUCGGCAGUUGCAGCGAGGAAGAAAAUCACCACCACCUCCUUCAUCAUCCGCAUUUGCAUACAACGACAACGACGACGACAACGACGACGACGACGCAACUUGAAGAAACUCGUCGGCCAUUGACGCCCGUCCAGCAGCGAACAUCGAGCCCGGUAAGCCCAACGAGUCCAGCGAGCGAUGCCGUCACCAGUCCAAUCGUGCGCCAGCAUCCGGUUAGUCUCCACCAUCACCUCCCGCACAUUCACCACCACCACCACCCCAUUUAUCCCGUCGGUGAGAAACGAUACGAUCCCAACGAAUGGUAUCCGCCUGUCACCAUCGAACCGGUGCCACCGCCGGCCAUGCCCAUUCCCAUUUCACACGUUUGGGAGCGUGAGCGACCCGCUGACCUUUACCGGCCGUACUCCACCAGCGUCGAAGUCCAGCGUCGGGUCCAGCCGUUCACCGGCGAAUUGUCCAGCUAUCACCACCUGCACCACCAUCACCUGCAUCACCACCAACUGUCGCCGCAGCAGCAGGUGAGUGGUGUGAUGAUGGACCGGGAGCCGCAGGACUUGAGCACGGCCCACGCCAUUCUCGACUUGAGCACGGCUCACAUCCGCUCCAGCCAGCAGCAACUGCACCACCACCAUCACCACCACCACGACGAGGAAGAGUCCGAGAGUCCCAUGGAAAUCACGCCCGACAGUUCCAAGACGCCGCCUCCGUCGCCGGCCAAUUUGGUCCUGGCCGAUCCCAGUCCAAUUCCACCGGCCCUGGAAAGCGACUCGACUUCGUCGUCGUCUCAUUGCAGCAGCAGCAGCAGCAGUUUGAACAGCUCCAUCGCCAGCGCGGCGUCCAGCGGCAACAACGGAGGAGGAGGAGGAGGAGUCAGCAACAAGUCGACGACCAGCAAGACGGUGGCCUACACCUACGAGGCGUUUUUCGUCAGCGACGGCCGGUCCAAGCGGCGCAACAAUCCUUCGAGCCAACAGCAGCCGUCGGGCGGAAGCGGCAGCAGUAAAACCGGAGGGAACAGCAGCGACAGCGGCAUCAGCGGAUUGGAGAGCAAAAAUCUGCCGAGUUCCGUCUCGGCCUCGGAGAAACACGGAGCCAACAGCUCGUCGGCGUCGUCUUCACCGUCGCCCAAUCCGUCGUCGCGUUCCGGCCGCUACGUUUGCGGCGAGUGCGGCAAGGCGUACGCCACGUCGUCCAAUUUAUCCCGCCACAAGCAGACGCACCGCAGCCUGGAGUCCGGGUGCGCCCGGACGUGUCCGACUUGCGGCAAGGCCUACGUCUCGAUGCCGGCCCUGUCGAUGCACCUGCUGACCCACGCCCUGUCGCACGUCUGUCCCGUCUGCUCCAAGGCCUUCUCCCGGCCGUGGCUUCUGCAGGGUCACAUGCGCUCGCACACGGGCGAGAAGCCUUACGGAUGCGCUCACUGCGGCAAGGCGUUCGCCGACCGGUCCAACCUGCGGGCCCACAUGCAGACGCACUCGGCCACCAAGUCGCAUCACUGCGGCAAAUGCCACAAAGCCUUCGCUCUCAAGUCUUACCUCAACAAGCACCUGGAGUCGUCGUGUUUCCGCGACAGUCCCACACCUAGUCACUCCGAGUCGUCGUGCGACAGCAUGGGCGCCGAGCCCCAUCUCCUGCCCGUCGACGCCAAAGUCAGCAAACCCGUUCCAGUCACGUGAAAGCAACUCUAAACUAUACACUCCCGCUAACCCACAACGUAUACGCUCGUCGGCAAUAACGUUUAGGCCUCCAUUGAAUAUUAUAUCGAGUCAUUCCUUUUUUUGAAAUUUCAACGUACUGCUAAAAUAUUUUGUCUCCCGAAUUUCUCUUUUUGUGAGCGUCGUGUAAAUAGAGCCCCGGAUAAAAACAUGAUAGGUCUAGAGGCAAAUAGAGUUUGGCAAUCGGUUUAAGCCUAGAUGGGGGGAAAUAAAAGAAGUGACAAAUAAGGGAAAGCGUUGUAUAUAGACGCAACAUAGUAGAUGGACGUAAUUAGUAAUAAGCACUGAAUUGUCGACAAAGGAGUCCGACUUCCCUCGUCUUCAGAGGGGAGAGAGACGCUUUUUUUUUCUUUUCAUUUCCUCCUCUUUAUUUUAUCUUCUUCUUCUUCUUCUUCUGUCUUUCUCUCUGCAAAGAAAACGACAUCCAUCUGAAACAUUCCUCUCAUUCGCCUAAGUCGAUUAUCUCAUUUCGAGGCGAUUAUGGUGAUGCUAGUCCUCAUUUUUCAUUCAUUAUUAGCUACUCGGUUGAUGAAAUUGUCCAAUCGAAAUCUUCUUCUUCUUCUUCUUCUUCUUUCUCUUCCACCUUCUCUUCCACCUUUUCUUUUAGACUUCUUUCUCUUUUAUUUCUACAUCUAUCUCUUCUUCUUCUUUCUUCCUCUUUCUUUUUCUUCUUCUUCUUCUUUCUCUAUUUUGCAUUUGAUCGAUUCCCUUUUUUGGAGGGCUGCCAUGUUUUUUCCUCCUCCUUCUCUCCCUUGCGAAGGAACACACAAGAAACAGGAUGCAGCGUUUCUCGAGCAACGAACAAAACCCUAGUCCCGGUCCAUAAAAAUAUUUGGAAACAAAACUAAAAAAAAAAAAAAAAAUAUUCAAAACGAUCGUGGCACAUUUUUUGGAAUGACGCAACGAUCACCAUCGGGACUCGGGUUCACUUACCGCAAAAUUCCUUGUUCUCACAUACAAAAAAAACAACUGUCCUUUCUUUAAUUCUCCCACUGUCGUUUCUACACUUCCUUCCUCGCCCUUCUCAUUAUAUGCAUAGCUAUAAUCACUUAUCAAUACUGUGCCGUUAAAUCGUUUUUUUUUAACACGAAUGAGUCAGCGAGAAAGAAAGACCUUUAAACCAAAAAACCAAAAAGCGAUUGACAUUAUUCUCUACGAAUCCAAUAUUUAGAUGCAGCAAUCGAUUCUCGUCAUUUCUCUAGUUCGAUCAAAUCAUGUCAACCUCAUUACAUAAUAAAUAAUAGAUGCGUUCUAUAUGUACAUGCAUAGUCGAGUGGAAUCAAGUGAGCAGCUUACGAAUUCCGUGCCCCAUCCCGUUUCCUAUUCACGUCGUCAGCAGCAACACGCGAAUCAAAUCAGAAAGACAAAAGCAAACAAACAAAACGACAACAACAACAAAUUGAUUAUUUAUAUAACUAAAUAUAUAUUAUUGAACAAAGUAAAACAAACCAAAAAAGAAAUCGUUUUUUAUAGAUCGGGUCGAUUAACAGUGCGCGUCAUAUAUAUUAACAUAAAAUUAUAUUAGUAACUUUGUUUAUUCGGCCUUUGCGUGACCGUUGGCGUGAGUGUACUUCCUAGUCAGGGAAAUUAAAAUUUACCAUUUUGCGGCUCUCUGUCUACUUAAUCAUCGAACUGCAAUCCGCGUUUUAUUUGAACUCCUCCUCCUCCCCCCUGCGGUAAUUUUAAUAGAUCUCUGCAUCCGGAGGCGGUUUUCGCGUGUGAUUGCAGUUUGUGUGUGCAUAUACAGCGCCCAAUAAUUUUAAAGUCCCCAUACACAUUGUUUAUUUUGUCUACAGUCAAUAACAAUAUUCAGCCCCUCCUCCCUUUAUAUGUUUAUGCCCUUUUUCGCGUCUUUGUUCUUCUCUCUUCUGCCGUCUUGUUCUUCCUCCUUCGACUCCAUUCAAUCCGCAAUAAUUGAAAAGCAUUGCAGCAAUGGAAAGCUAGUCGUACCAAAGAUAUCUCUAUUCUACUACAUAUAUAUACGCUCGAGGCUCUUUUUUCUGAGUGUUUUGAUGUGUACGUCUUCUUCUCUUGUAUUUGGCGCCCGUCUAUCAAUCCUUUGAAUCGAUUUGUUAAUAUUAUGUUCGACGACGACAUCCAGUACCUCCUCCAGUGAUGAUCCUCAUUCUUUUUGUUUUCUCUUUUUCUCUAUUCCCGCUUUUUGAUUAUUUCUCUCCUGUUGGAAAUUCUCUUCCAGAGAAAAACAAAAAAAAUCAGCUUUCAAAUCGAUCUCGUUACUCGAACAAACUAAUGCAUUCCCCCCCCCACCAACCCCCCUCUUAUCCGCCCCCACACAACUGUCAAUCCGACAACUACAUCAAGCGAGUCUCUUUAAAACAAUCGUCGUUUGUGUGUCGUGUGUUUGUCUGCAGUUUCCGUGAGUGACGUGUGUCCUAUAUAUAAUUACUAUUAUGACUAUGAAUAUCAUGUGAUGAAAUCUCUUGACACUAUUUGCCCAUUUCCAUGAAAAAUGUGAUUUUCAGUUUUGUUUUUCAGUUGAAAAUUUUGUCUUCGACUUUUGAAUUACCUCCCAAUUUUGGCGCUAUGGGUUUCUCAGUAAUCCUUUUCACGAUUAUUCCUUCAUUUCUUUACGUUUGAACGGAAACCCAAAUAACAGUCGCCGGGAGUCAUUCGAACAGCAAUAAUAAUUCGGUAGUGUCGGGAUUCAACUGGAACGGGCCAGCAACCCCCCAAAAAAAAAACUAAAAACAAAAAAACAAACAUAUAAAACAAAAUAAAAAUCGCUGGCCCUGGAUGGGAAUUACCUUUUUAGAAAUAAUUGAAACGAAAAUGAAAUGUGUGUGUGUGCAAAACUAGUAAUAAUUUUUGAUGAUGACAAAUAACGUGACUCGCAAUACUUUUGAAUGCAAAAACAAUAAAAUGAAAAAUAGAGACCUAUAUUAAUAAUGGUGAAACCUCACUUUUGGUUCAUAUGCAUGGGGUAACGUCUUUGAACGCUAGCACGCAGCGUCGAUGGCUUUCUUCUCGUGAAAAAAACAAAUUACCCCUUCUUCGUUUUAUUGUUCCUAAUAAUAAUGAAAUGUUUAAGGGGCAAAUUUCGUCUUUUUCCCCGGCCGGAGUUGCGGCAGCGCUUUAUUCAAGACCUACUCUUUUCUCAUCUCCUCUUUAUAAUCUUAUGACUUAGAUAACAUAUAUUUAUUUAAUAAUAUUCGUGUGGAAUAUUGUUUGUUUCUUUGAAGCUUUUGACUAUCGUAAAGCUUUGACGCGGUAUUAUUUAAAUUUCAAUGUACCAUCAUGUGAAACUCUGUCCUCAGCUCGUCUCCCAUUUUUACUUUACGGUACGCAUCAGCUCUGCUGUACGAAAUGUCAUUCCUUUUAUUUUAUUUCCCCGAUGUCUUUUCUCUUUGUUUUCAUUUAUCUAUUUUGAAUUUUGGUAAGAAAAGUUGCUGUGUGUGAUCUCCUAUUUUAAUCCGCUGUGGAAUGAAAAUCAUGUCCGUACACUCUCGGUCUAAUAACAUCAGUUGUACUUUCAUCACCACAAAACUCAACCCCACUUGAACCCAUUUUUGUGUUGACGUGAGCAAUCUCGCACAUUCCACAUCGAUCAUCAAAUCUCUCCAAUAAUUUUGCGAAGAAUUAUCCGAAAGAAACGAAAGAAGACGAAGAAAAAGAAGAAGAUAUAAACCAUCCCCACUCGUUUUGCAUUUCAUUUCCGUGUGUGUACAUACUAAUAAUAAAAAAAACCAUUGACAAUUUGAAGUAACUAUAUUAUACAUCAUGCUCAAAUAUGUACCGCGUUUCUCGGCCUCUGUAUCCAAAUCAUUUCGAUAGAAAAACACAUUAAA